CAAUAAUGACAUCCUUUCCACAUAAUUUGCGGCUACAUUUUCUGAGGCGACUAAACGAAGACAGGUUCUGCGAUGGAUACGAUAACAAUUAUGGUAAGAAUUUUAUCUUUUUUUUUUCUCUCGGCAGACUAUACAAUUGACAACUCAACACGCUUAAUUUUUGGACAACGCAUCUUAAGUAGAAAUCUAUAAUUUAUUAACUUAAAAGUCUGUCCGACUUUAUAUAAUUUUUCACACCUUAACCUAUUGGCGGACGAACCAGUAAUUUCCCUCAGUUUGCUUAAAUUAUUAACACGUUAUAAUAAUCUUUUGUCUGUCUUUUAAUACACCACAGGUAACUUGGGUCACCAUCGCAUAUCUAUAUAUAGGUUUGUCCGUGGCUCUGCCGUUAAAACAGGUUUCUAACAAAACAAGUUCAAGCAGACCUCCAGUUACAGCACAUGUGCAACAGAACCUAGCGAUUGAUGUGCAGAAAAUUCUCAGCUUCCCAACAUUCACGAGAAGGGUACGCCUGUACAACAAGAACGGAUUCUUUCUUCAAGUCUCUGAGGGGCGACGGUUGAGAGGUACAAGAAACUUCAACAAUAGGAACAGUAAGUAUGGGUUAGCGAGGAAUAAUUCAAAUCAGCCGCAUUGACGUAAUCGCUUCAUAACUCGACUGUUCACAAUGUUUUGGUUCCGUCAACAAUGUAAAUUAGCACACAGGGAUAAGUAGACGUCCAUUUCACGAGAGCGUGUUUUGUUGACGCGGCGCGAAACACUAGAAUAGACGGUGGUGUGUACCUACUUUAUACGACGGGGGCAAAUAAACCCCACGCACUGCCAGACUGUUAACAUCGCGAAGUAGUUUAAGUUUGUUCAGAGUAAAUGUUGCUUCCAUUAAACGGUGUGUGAGACUAGGGUCUUCAUUCAACCAUGUGACGCGCCAGUCAUCAAAAUCCUGCGUCACUACAUUGUUAAUCGAUCGCUGCAAUAUUUCGAAGCGACGAAACAGCCCUACGCCCUUGUCCCUUUGCACAGAGAUUAUCUUUUAAGACUUAUUCCUCUUCUGGACUCAAAAAUCGUUUGAAGAAUUUAUGCAAGAAAUAAGUCACUCAUUGACAAGUAAAUUCGGCAACUCAAAGCCCACCGAAUGACCCUCAGAGACCUGGCUACUUAACAUUACAAUCAAUGAAACGAAUUUCAAGCAAGCAGAACGUUAAGUCACAAUUUUAAGUCUCGAAUACGACUCCGGAUAGUAACUGGAGUCUUUGCGCCCAAGAUCUGACAUCGUAAUAAGGCAUUUAGCGGACGGCUAAGUAAUGAUAAUGAAUCGACACUACACAACACAAAGACAUAAUAACCUCCAGCAAAACAGUUGCAAUUAAGAAGUCAAACACAUAACCACGAAGCAAAACAAACGCCGAGUAAUAAGUCAUGCUAAUUUUGCCACAACAAGUUCAGUUGCGUUCAUGUUCUCUAGUAAGGUCGCCCUGUAGAAUUUAAAUGAUUACAAAAAAAGACGAUCAAGUCUGAUCAAGUGGACCGGAGAAAAUCGAAAAUGACUUCCUCUAUUCCUUGUUUGGAGAGAGCCAAUUUAAUACGCAAUAUAACGACACAAGAUCAAAAGAAACUUGGCUAAUUAAGCAAUUGCAGUUUUUGUGGCCAAUUUACACUAAUCGUCUGUGAAAUUGAUGGCUCACGCUCCAAAAUAGAGUAAAAGAUCGUGUGAGGUCUACAACGAGCGAUCGGAACCGCUCCAAGAGAAUAUCCUUCCGACCCAAGGAAAUAUCCUUUUUAUUUUUUAACUGAAACCGUGACGCAAGAGUUCUGAAACUCGGGUUUCCCGGAACCGCGCUAACACCAAACAAACAGUGAACCUUAUUAAUCUUUAUUUGUUUAUCCAUUUCCGGCGUUUGCAGGAUCGGUCGCGCCCCAUCGCUAACAAAAAAAUUAGACCUCCUGUAGUCAAGCGAAGUGUUGGAGGCAGAAGAGGGUUCUCGUGAAGGCACUGAACCGCUCAAAGAUUGUUUCCGGAAGGAUAGGGAGCAUUAUUUUUUCUUCAGGCAGAGAAUCGGAAAUAUGACGUAAAGUGUAUUCUUUUCCUUCCUUUAUUAUCUGGAGAAAGGAAGAAGUCGAAAAACAAGGAAACCACAACUAUAUUACAGGUUGUUUGGCAGCAAUUUUCCGGGAUAUAGGGCGACACAGAAUUACACUGGCGCGCCACUGGGCCGUAUAUUUGAUAAAAUAUAUACAUUUUAAAAACGGAAAACAGCAUCCCACGCAAAUGCGUAGACGUCUUAAUCUCAUUUUAAAAUACUGUGGUACGAGUCUUUGGUGUCGCUGCGAAAAGGCUUAGUUUUUUUUUUUGUAUUUUGGCGCGAAAAGGCUUAGUUAGCCUAGUCUGUUCACUCAUUAAAGAGUGAGGGCUUACUUUGAUGGGGCUUUCGUCUCAAAAGUAAAUAAUAUUCGAGAUUAGGAAACGGAAACCAAGUUAGAACUACUCGAAAUCCGUAAAUCUGCUUCCGAAGUGGAUAACUACUUCCCCACAAACCGCAGGAUCGUUUCAGCGCGCGAGCCUCUUAGCGAAUGAGUUGUAUUUAAAAAAACGUAAUAAAAUCAAACCUUUUGGCAUUCCUUUAUCGCGUGACUCGCACAAGGAGACCUACUGCGCGUUUUAGCAGACAACAUUCAAAGGAAAAUUAUUGAUAUACGUCUUGACACUUGUAAGACUAUUUACAAAGAGGCGCAUGCUGGUUAAAUUAACUUAGCUCUGUCGUAAGAUAUUUUUAGAGCUGUUUCGCAAAGGAGUAAAGUUAUGUCGGCUCUCAAUUAAGGUACUUGAAGUAUCCAAAAGCCAAAAAUAGAACACGCACCACCUCAGAUUUGGAAUUUCGAAGGAUGAUUCAUCAUGUUUUGAUGUUUGGUUCUUUAGAGUUCUCACGUCGCGCAUAAAUAUACGUAAAUAUACGCUCUUAUACGCGCAAAUAUAGAAUACAAAACCCAAUAUUGGGCUCAAUUUCAAGCCAUGCAUUAGAAAGCUAAUAUAUUAACAUAACUAAUAAUUUAAUGAUCUUUGAAUUAUAAACAAGUGCCACACGUCUCGCCAUCGCGAUGCUUUUUUUUUUCCUUUUUGAUAUUCUCGCUUCUUUUUCCGGUUGAAAUUUUAGCUAUUUCCGGUAAAUCGAAGAGAGCUUUCCAUUUGUCAGAACUGGCCGGCCGCACCAUUGCCGGACUAGUCAGUUAGCGAAUGAAAUCGGCUUUUUCCAAGGGUUUUUGCUGAAAAACCAUCUCCUUCGUGCAUACUAUUUGGGACUUGACUGAUCGGGCUGGAUAGUUUUGAUUAACAGUGAAAUUCUCAUUACUGCGACGGGAACGGUCAGGCCCGUCAGUUAGGCUCUGUCGAAGGGCUUGAGUCGUUUAAAAAGGUAUCAGUGCAGUUUAUAAGAAGUGCGAUUGAGAAAUACAGUAGCCGAUUACCACUGCAUGCGAAAGAAUUCAGAAAGAAUACUAACCACUAAAGACAAUGUGAAGAGGGACUAAGACUUCAGACUAAAUGAUUCAUAGUCGGUUCUGAAACCAAAGGGUCGGUUAUUUAAGCGAAAUCAUUGGACCUAAUCAGGCUAGUGCUUUUCCAGUCUACGCUAUAUGCUUUAUUGAAACUGUGCACGAUAAAUGGUGUUUAGAUAAAAGCGGUAAGCAAACUGAAAAUGGCUUAGCACGCAGUUCUGUUAAAAACGGCCUAAACUCCGUUUAAAUAACAGGCCCAAAGUAUUUUCGUUUAAACGGUGUUGUAGCACCUUUCAUGCUCAACUAACAAUCCUGCCUUGAGUGAAAUAAUACCAAAACUACUUUUGCAUGAGUGCUUAUAUACGUGAGAAAAAUUUUAAAGUAAAUAGAACGGCCUUUUUUUCGUUUUUUUUUUUUUUUUGUACAAGGGCGUCUAUUUUCGUUAGGUUUUCCCUUGUUUAUCCGAUGCCACCAUGUUAUUCUUGUCAAACGCACUGCUCAGAGAAUGUACUAAAGCGAUUGAAUAGCCCGUGAAGUGAAAGCUGCAGUAUUUAUUGGAUCAGAAGAUACGUAAAAUCUCUGAAAGAAAACUGAAUUUGAGACAUCGGCGUCCUCAUUAAAAAACCCUCACAUUUCUUUCCCUUUUUUAGUUUUUGUUUUCUUGUUUUUGUAAUUUGAAUUCCCGGCGUAAACUUUUCCCGGUGAAACCAUUUAAAGGGUACUUUUCCAUGGAAUUUAACGAUUUAGGAUUUAUUUGAGGCCGGGAUAUUAAGUAUACGUUACACAUUUUUGUUUUGUUGUUGUUGUUGUUGUUUUUUUUUAUAUAUAUAAAUUGGCUAUGCGGCAUUUUUCACCUGAAAACAAUUCCUCUUUUUUGGGGUAUACGGUAUAUUUCGUUUCCGUUAAGCUGCGGAAAAAUGGGCCAAAAAAACGUGCAAUUUUUUUGAAAUAUUUCAAGACGAGCUGAAAGCUAUAUCAUGCGUUUUACAACCAACGUUCAAACCUGUCUGGCAACAAAUCAGUUUGUUGCAAGCUGCGCGAAUGGUUAAAAUUACGCGAGAGUCGCGCUAUACACAGAAUUUACGUAACUUGUUGCAAAACAAGUUUGCCUUGAGGCCGGUAAAACGCGCAACAUGUGCAGAUUUUGUUGCAAAAAGGAUUGAUGCUGGACAAGUUUGAUUCGUGGGUGGUAUAAAACGCGGAAAAUCACUACUCAACUAGUUUUGCAGCAAUAUUAUAAAACAAGUUGACGUCAGUUUUUGUUGCCAGUUUCACCGUUCCUUUAGGUCGCUGAUAUAUGGAGAAACUUUGAGAGAAAUUUGGGUAUUGGCUAAAUUAAUUCGGUUAUAGCAGUAUAUUACUACUCGCGCUUGCCAACCCUGGAUACUAAGGACGGAAAACAUGAAAACACAAUAUCAAAGUUCUUAAUCCUACUUCAAGGCACUAUUAUUCCUUUCCACGUGGUCUCUUCUCCAUAUAUUCCCAGUAGGAGUUAAUAAGCCUAACAACCUAAUCGACCAUUAAUCAUUGUAUUUAUAUCGCGUUUCAUCGUGAAAUGUGCCAGGAUAUCAACGCUGUGUGCGAUUACACGAUGCAAUAAAAAGCAUUUGACCCUAUUUAUUAGAUAUUAAUCGGUUUGAGUGUAUACCCUCUAUUUCCUUAAUCUCAAUUCCAACUAAAGGUGACUGCGCAAAAACCGAUGCGUGUAAUUGCGUGCAUUUAUAAUUAGUGCAUUUCAAAAUUGAGCGAGGUUCAACGUUUACGCUUAUACGAGCGACCUUUCAUGCAUUGCCUCUAUUUUAUUUGCGAACGCGAAUUUUACGCACGUACGCACGUAAAAAUUACUCGACACUGGAAAUCAACCCUGUGUCACGAAAUUUAUCAAAAUUCAAACAGAGGGAAGACUACCAAAUUGAGUGAAAUAUUAAAAUAACCACUCAAAAAGUUAGAGCAAGGUAUAAAUGAUAAAGCAAAUAAAAAAGGAAACGAGAGUGGAUAAACUUAAAGAAGAUUGAAACGGAUUGCAAUUUCGGUUUUUGAAAACUUGUUAGCUUGACAGUUUUUUAAAAUUCACAAAUGCUUGGGAGACAUAUUUGAGGGGCACCCACGGCUUCCUCCUAAAUACAUUGAUAACACUUUUUAGGCUAUCAGUUCUCUAGAAAUGUAUUCUAAGCGACGAUAUAAAAUUUGUAUCUGUUCGGUCAUCCUAGGGGAACUUAAGUCUUUUUGAAAUUAUAAGGGUUGAGUAUUAUUUUCUCGAAAAUUUUUAGAUGCAAUUUGACGUACUACGAAAGUGAGACAUUUUCUGAUUUCUCUCUUCACCGCAUUUUUGAGUCCGAAAAUUUUAGGGUUUCUUUUUCCUUACGAAAAAUAGUCUAAACUUGGGAAAGUGAAAUGCGAAAAUUAAUUUAUUAGAUAAGCUUUGAAAAUUGUACAUGAGUGGAAAAAUCAUCUCGAAUUUUUAGCCGUCCACAAAAAAAAUUCUGUUUUCACAGAAAACAGUCUUUGGGUGCCUCUGAUAUGUAUAUAUUUUUUUACACAAAGCACUGAUUUUGUCAUUCACAGUUAAUUUCACAAGUUUCAUAGCAAGUAAAGACGCGUAAAUGGCACUUAAAACAAAAUCAACAAGGUAGCCGUUACACUGCCCUUUUAACACAAGAGCAUAGUUCUACAAGACAGUGAAUUGGUUUAAUUGUCUAUACCUCAAGUAACACAAAUGACCAUUCAAUUCCUACAACAGCGGCUCAAUUGAAAUUUAUAUUUCAAAACAAAAUAAACAAGUAAAGGAGUACAGAUAUAACAUAUAACAUAUAAGUGUAGUUAUUUUCCUCUUUAACGUGUUAACAUGUUUUUAUUUAUGACGAAAGGAAACUUGUCAUUAUAGGUCUUACUGUUUGUUGUUGAUAGGUCCCACUGUUUCGGCCGAUCAACAUUCGUUAAAAAAAUAAAAAAUAACAUGAAUGCCAAACAACAAUAUAUAUAUAUAUAUAUAUAAUUUUAUAUAUUUGCUUUAGUUACGACUCUGUUGGGGUUCUCGCAGAAUCAAUAGCUGUUUAUAUUUUUUUAAAAAAAGCAAAACAUAAAAAAACGUGAGACUGAAAAUGUGUUUCUCAAAAAAAAAGCAAUAAAUAUCACUUAAAAUUUUGACAUUUCUAUUUUUACUUUGGAUUUAUUUCUCCCCUAAGUCGCUGCUUGUUAAGUUCAGAGCACUCUGAAAAGCACGCAAGCUUCACACGCAUUCAAGACCAACGCAAAAAGAGGGCUUCUGUGUAGUCAACCAGAUAAUUGCCGAAUUAGCUUCGCUCUAGGGGUAACAGGCAAUGAUAAAAUACACUGCUCAAACCCUAUGACCACAGCCGAAAACUGUUGGUAUUGUCCCUCUAGUCACCCCAUGCAUGUGAGGGAAUCCAAGAUAGUCUUGGAUUCUGGAGUCCACGAAUUGUACUCCGGAUUCUAGGUACUGGAUUCCGGAUGUUUUGUCAGUGGACUUUGAAUCCCGGAUUCCAAUCAUUGGUGAGAUUCCAGAUUCCUUGAGCUGUAUUUCGGAUUGGUUUGUAGGCCCAGGACUUCGGAUCCUACAAGAACAAAUUUCCCGAAUUCCACAAGCAAAAAUUUUCCUGAUUCCGAAAUCCCCAUUUCCUUACAUGGAGCGAUACUAGAAACACUUACAGUUUUGUUCUAUCUUUCGUUGCAGCUCUACUAGACAUGGAGUCAAUGGGAACAAGUGUGGUGCGACUCAAAGGCGUGGUGUCGAAUUCUUAUUUCUGUAUGAACGGCAAGGGAAUACCACAUGUUAUGGUGAGUUACAUCAUUUGCUGACUCUGUAAUGUACUUCCUAGGAUAUGACAGGAAAUAAGUAUUGGACAGACUUUUAAAUUAUUAGCUUGUCGUUAUGCGUUACAUUGAUGGAACGGUAGAGGCAGAUAAUGAGAAUAAAAUUGCCCUUGAUUUGGAGUAUACAUUUUCCGGAGAGUUUUUCAAGGUAAAGACUGCAUAUAUCGUGUUUAUGGAUUCUACACAAGGAAGACAAAAGUAGAACAGCGUCUUCAAUUAACUUUUUUCAGGCUCAAAAUCGGUUACGAAAAAACCUGCCAUGUGGGUCUUUUUUCUGCGUCAGUAGAAGGUAGCACUAUGGUACGACCAUUCAGUGAGACCUCAUGUCUACUAAGACUCAAACGAUUGAUAUGAGAUAUCGACCGUUCGGUACAAUUUUCAUCAAAAUACCUUAACUAGUCAAACCAGGUAACAUUUUCGCGAAAAUAAAAAACAGGGAAACAAUCUGUGAAUCAAUAAGUUAGUCAAUCAGGUACCGUUCUAUUCAUCAGUUGGCAUGUACAUUAGCCCUUCGAUCAAAUAAUGCUAGUUCUUGCCUCUCUCCGUUUUCAGGCCCAUCCCUCAGACGAAUGCUUGUUUAGAGAAACGUUAGGACCGAAUCAUUUCCACACGUAUACCUCUUACAAGUACAGUGGCAGGAAUUCGGGAAACAUGACCCAUGAAUUCUAUAUCGCUAUCAAGAAGAACGGCAAGCUUAAGCACGGCGCUAACACAGGUCCUAUUCAAAAAUCUGUGGAUUUCAUGGUAGUGCCACUGAAAAAGGGGAAUCAAUAGAAUGUUCUUCUAAGGUAAAAUGUUGGGACAAGACGGCGAGGAAGCAUUCGAAUACGCAGCAUCGUCUGUGGGAUGAGUUUUUGGUGUUGAGGGUGUGGCCACGGAGGGGUGGCUAACUGGUACAAAUUGAACACCUUCUUGGCAAGCGGCGCUUGACAAGUUUUAUUCAUCCUCAACAUCGUUUUCACCAUCAUGAUUAUUAUCAUCAAGCAACGAGAUAGAUGGAUGGUAGAGGGAUCUAAAAGCGAAUAUGUAGUAGUAGAUACAGAACAGAGAAAACAUAAUUAUUUAGUCCCGUAAGAGAGCGCAAGAGAAGUUAUGGAUAUGCAAACAGUGAUGUCGUGACUUUAGAGAUUCAAAGUUCAUCAGCAUAUUGAUAGCGGUGAACAAGUCCCAAGUCGAGGCCAUCAAGUUGGUAGGUACCAACUGACACAAGCCAACCAAUUUGUAGAGUUGUAAAAGUUGUAGACAACUGUCGCUGAGUUCAGCAUCACUAGAAGGAGAAACGGAAGCGUACAGGGACAAUAUACCACAAACAGAGAAACGCUCGCUAAAAAUUGAGAUGAAACUGUUUCAAACAUGGUGAGCGACAAGACCAUGAGAAGUUGAAAAUUGGCAGAUAUUAAAAUGGACUCGUUGAAUACCACACACCAAACACGUCGUUAGCCAAAUAGCUCCAGGUAGAAAAAAAAAACGGUUCCUGGGUGUAACAGCAGUGACAGGUUACGUACAUCUCGUACUACAGCUAAACAAGAAGAGGGAUGUCAGAAUAACACCAACACCGAAGAUGGCGAUGACAUUGUUUGAAAACUAUAUUUAACGACAAAAAGGCCAUAAGAUUGUCCCCUUUAAUAGAAUCAGGUCACUUUAAAAUGC